ACACCCGCUUUUGAACUUGGGAAGGUUCAGCUUCAGCUUGCUUGCUUGUCAAUACGUAAAAUCAACAGACUACAUUAACGCCCCCCAAGCUUCCCUGAUUUCCGCGUUUCCACAACUGCCAGAGUUAACAAACAAUCACAACGCCAACCAUGGUGCACCGGACAUCAUGGAUACAACAGCCGCAGCCUCGACGCUGACCAGGCAGCGCGUCAGCGUGGCAGUCCUGUCACUUGCGGCUACGGCGACGCUGGCCUACUUCUGCUACCGCGUCUACAACCCGCCGCUUCCCGAGCCACCCCCCGACCGGCGCCUCCACCGAAGCAAUGCAGUCCGCCACCGUAGACGCUCGCUCCCCAAUGUUGUCCAUGGCCACAGCCGCGAGCCAUCCGAGGACUCCACCACGUCGGUCGAGUCCCAUGCCGACGAGAACAUCGACGUCAACACGGUCCGCCCUCUGAACGACACCGAGACGGUCGCAGACGAGCAUACUCUGGAGGAUAACUGGUACGAUGACCCGAAUACCGAGUUCGGCAGCCAGCAGCAACAGCGCGCCGGCCAGAACAUCGUCAGCCUUCUCUUUCGCGUCUCUGAGGACAAUGCUCGACGCAACGCCUAUGUUCACCGCGGCUGUAUGUGCAAUGGAUGUGGUAUCACCCCGAUUCGUGGCAUUCGCUAUCGUUGUUCGAACUGCUAUGACUUCGACCUCUGCGAGAUAUGCGAGUCACAGGGCCUCCACACCAAGACGCACGUUUUCUACAAGAUUAGGGUCCCGAUCCCGCGGCUGGCUGUGCGCCAGCUGCAGCCAGUGUGGUACACGGGCGAUCCCGACAACUGCCUGAGGCUUCUGCCCAAGCAUCUGAUGGCCAAGCUGUCCAAGGAGACGGGCUUCGAGCGGCCUGAGCUGGAGGCUCUCUGGGAGCAGUGGACCUUCAUGGCGAAUACCGAGUGGCGAGAGGACCCCGACGAGCUCGGCUUGGCCAUGGAUCGGAAAACAUUCGAGCGCUAUCUAGUGCCUUCGGGCGGGUAUAGGCAUAUCGCACCGAAUCUCCUCCACGACCGCAUGUUUGCCUUCUACGACGACAACAACGAUGACCUAAUUGGAUUCUCGGAGUUUCUGCGCGGCACCGCUUACCGCAAGAGGAAGGACCGGCUUCGCAAGAUUUUCAACGGCUAUGAUGCCGACGGCGAUGGAUACAUCAAUCGCCGCGACUGCUUACGUCUGUUCCGGGCUUACUACGUCCUGUUCAAGCAUUUGCAAAGGGACGUCCUCGACGUUCUCGUGGACCAAGUUGUGAGCUCCACAGAAGUUGAACAGUUGGUGACAAGCAGGCAACCAUUGAGCAGUCUGUUUGGACGGGAGGGCGGGUUCCCCCACGCUGACACGGACCGUCCGAUGGAGGGUAAAGUCAUCAACCUGAACACGGGAGAGGUGCACAUCACGGAUGGGGCAACCACUGUCGUGAACGAGGACGCGCCUGACACGGCCGACCGCCAGUCGAUCUUGACUAGUGUCUUCCGUAGGCAAGCACACGUUGCCGAAAGCCUCUUCAUGCCCGUCAUGGACAAUCCACGUCCCGCUGGAGAGCGAGCGUCCGGAUUGGAGUAUCUUAACGGUCUCCUGAACCCGCCAACCCGGCUUAGUGAGCUACCGUCUUUGCUUCUCGGAGAGACGAGCGACGGUGAGGAAGUCCUAGUUGUGGUUAAUGGCCGAGGUGGCCAGGAUGGAAGCAGCGACGAGCACGAAGCUCCGGGCGGCGACGAGAACCGUGCCUCCUCUCAGUCCGAAGGCAACAGAGUCGAGAAUCACAUCGUCACCAAUGGAUACUCGGACGGCGAAGCUCCCGACGAGUCCGAGCCGCGUCGGCCAGCUUACAGAAGCCCGAUGUCGAACCGCCGCAUGAGACAGCAUGCGCGGAGGAAGCUAUUCGAUCGCUGGAAGAGGAGGCAAUUUUACCUGGAUGAGGAAGAGGGAGUGCUCCCCCCCCGGGAUUGGAGCGAUGAUGAUGACAUCCUUGCAAUGCUCAACGGCCCGGCGGACGGUUCGAAGAGCACCCAACCCGCUCCACUAUCCUCUCGAUCUCGAUCGUCUUCCAAGGUGAGAUUUGCCGAGGACACCGACGACUUUGACAUCCGGUCCAACCCUUCGACCUCUUCGCGGAGCGUUCCCGAGAGAUGGGGCGGCAUGGAGAUUCCCAACGCCGAGCGAGACGUAGGCAAGGAGGUCUUCUAUCAAGUCAUCCAGCAAGCUUUCAACGAGAUCCUGGACACCAUCUUUACCGCGAAGGAGGACCUCGCUGUCGACGCUGCCGAGACCAAGGAGCUCCGCGACAAAUACAGGCACCUCUUUGAAUCCCUGGAUCCCAACGAAGGAAAGGAGCGCCAAGAAAACAGCCAUUCUACUCCCAGAAAGUCCAAGUCGUCUCGAUUCCAGGCGUUGCAGGAUCUGCUCGAGUCCAGCGGCUAUACCAUUGAAGCCACCACCUCCCAAGCUGAGGCCGAAAAUGAGACCGGAGAAGAAGCUGAGCCAGAGGUGGACGACGGCGAAACCAGCGCCGACGAAGAUGACAAUUCCGUGCCUGCGUUGAUACCCAUAUCAGAUGACAAGACGUCCGACGCGCCGGUGUUCGGCGAUUCCGACGCCUGGCCAACAAAGGAGGGGGACAUGGAGUUCCAACCGGACCACGACGUUCCCAUACCCCCGCAGCAAGUCUACCGCGAUCCGACCAUGCCUCAAUUCCGGCCGAACUCGACCUCGGCGGUCCAUGACCAAGAGCGUGAGCAGGGUCUGUCUCAAAUAACGGCUGCAAAUCCGACAAUUGGCCGCAAAGAGCCCAAACCACACUGCACGAAGCCAGCUGGGAAACUGGCCAAGCCGACCGAGGGAAAGAGCGAGGAUUCCUCGCCAUACAUCCCACGCAGCACGCUGCUCCGCUGGAAGCGCCUUGAUCUCGCCGAGGAGGAGGCAAAAGCCCGCGGCGGAUGGGGCAGGUUGAGCUAUGAGGAGUUUGAGCGCAUCUACAAAGCCAGCGAGGCGAGGGGCGCGCGCCUGGAUUACCUAGGCACCUGGAUCGACUUCUGUAUUCCGUCCACUUAGGAGACUGGCCCGAGUGAUACGGCUAAUCGGAUGGAUGAACAUCGGUACUGGGCCAAUCCUUAUGAUAACUCUUUUCCGGGGAAUUGGCGUGGUUUUGACUUCACUCGGUGGUGGGAAUAGUGUCUAUGUAUGUAUGAUUACUAGGUAGAACUGAGGAUAUAAGAUUAAUAGCGUUGUUCCAUCUAAAAUACCUGGAUUUCACAGCCG